AGGCCGGCGCUGAAGGAGACGUGGAAGCACCGCCGUGAUGGCCGCUCCGAAGGCCUCGGUGGCCGGCGGCGCCUCGUCGGGCGCCAGUGGAACGAACUUACUCUUCUCUUCCUCAGCCACGGAGCUUAAUUUCACCGUCCCCUUCAUUCCAGUAAGCCAAAGUCCUGCGCCGCCGCCUCCCCCCUCUGCCGCCUUGGGGCCUGGUCUUCUGCCUGCCGAUGAUGCUACUGAUGUUGGUGAAGAAGACAGCUUCCUUGGCCAGACUUCUGCAAAUCCUAAUCCCCCAUCAACUUUCAGUUAUUUCUCCCAAGUUCCUGGCAGCAGUGAUCCCUUUGGAAGCAUUGGGCAGCCGCCCCUGGGAGUAACAACUCCACCACAAACUGGGACAUCUGUUUUCUCUAAGCCCCCAGUAUCUCUCCCACUUCAACCUGGAACACAAGAUGGGACAAAUGCUUUUCCAGCACCUCUUCCCAAAUCACAGUCUUUUAAUACACCACCUACUUCACUACCUGGAAUUGGUUCAUAUCAGACCUCCCAACAGACUGGUCCCCCACCAAACAGCUUCACAACUCCACCUCAUGGUACACUACAACAAGGCUACAACCCAUAUCGCCACACUCCUUUAAGCAGUAGAGCUAAUCCUUAUAUUACUCCUCCACAGCUGCAACAGGCUCAGAUGCCCAGCCAGAGUGUUCAGCCUCCACCCUCUGUACCCCCUAUGCAGAUCUAUCCAACUCCUCCAGGGGCACUGCCACCGUCAGCAUUGCCACCUCAAGCAUCCAUGUCAGCAGGUGCUCUGGUGAAGGCACCUCCCAUCUUGUUACAUAACCAGUAUGAGCCAGUUCAGCCUCAUUGGUUUUUCUGCAAGGAGGUAGAAAACAGGGAGAUAUGGAUGCCAUUCAGUGUCCUAGAUUCUACAAAUCUUGAGGAAGUCUAUAAUUCUGUGCAACCUGAUCCAGAAAAUGUAGUUUUAAGUACUGAUGGAGGACGUUAUGAUAUUCACCUUUAUGACCGGGUGAGGAAAGCUGUGUAUUGGGAGGAAGAUCCAUCUGAAGUGAGACGAUGUACUUGGUUUUAUAAAGGAGACAAAGAUAGCCGGUUUAUUCCUUACACAGAGGAUUUCAGUGAGAAGCUAGAGGUGGAAUACAAGAAAGCUGUCACCACAAGUCAGUGGCAUCGACGACUAGAAUUUCCAGGAGGAGAAACAAUUGUUAUGCAUAAUCCUAAGGUUAUUGUUCAGUUCCAGCCUUCUUCAAUACCAGAUGAAUGGGGUACCACACAAGAUGGUCAAACAAGACCAAGAGUAGUUAAACGUGGGAUUGAUGAUGAUCACGAUGAAAUUCCAGAUGGUGAAGUAUCUCAAAUUGACCACUUGGUGUUCAUGGUGCAUGGCAUUGGCCCUGUCUGUGACCUACGAUUUAGAAGCAUUGUUGAAUGUGUUGAUGAUUUUCGGACAGUGUCCCUAAAGCUGUUGCAGACACAUUUCAGGAAGUCAUUAGAAGAACUGAAAGUGAAACGGAUUGAGUUUUUGCCAGUUCAUUGGCAUAGUGCUUUGCAUGGGGAUGCAACAGGGGUGGACAGGAAUAUUAAGAAAAUAACUCUACCAACCAUUGGACGACUUCGUCAUUUCACCAACGAGACUCUACUUGAUAUACUGUUUUACAAUAGUCCGAUCUACUGUCAAACAAUGGUAGAUAAAGUAUCAUUGGAAAUGAACCGUCUGUAUGCACUUUUCAUGAGCAGGAAUCCAGACUUUAAAGGAGGAGUCUCUGUUGCUGGCCACAGUUUAGGUGCCUUAAUUUUAUUUGAUAUACUGUCCAACCAAAAAGACUGGACUUCCACCGUAAAUUCUGUGAUUCCCGCUGCUGCCAAUGGUGCUGUGAAGGACACUGUCGAAUGUGACCAGCAGAUGACAGUGGGUUCUAAUUCUGCCAGUUCGUUGCAUUCUCUUUCCAAUGAUGAACAUUCAGAUCAUGACGUAGAGGAGAACUUUCCAACCUUACAAGAAACCUUGGAAAUGCUGAGCUUGUCUGAGUAUAGCAGCACAUUUGAAAAGGAGAAGAUUGACAUGGAAUCUCUGCUAAUGUGUACAGUUGAUGACUUGAAGGAAAUGGGAAUACCUCUUGGGCCACGAAAGAAAAUUGCAAAUUUUGUAAAAGACAGAGCAGCAAAACAGGAACAGAAAAAAGCAGCAUUAGAAAAAAAGGAAGCAAUGUCAUCCUUAUUGCAGAACCAAGGAAAAGUUUCUCAGACAGGACAGAAGGUGGUUACUUUAGCUGUAUCUUCAGAACCUGGUAAACUCCAGGAUCCAGCCAAACGAAGACUUCCAGUUGGAGCUUCAGUUUCAUCGGCGCACAUAGACUAUGAGUAUUUUGAAGUGGGUACCGGUCAGGUAUCUGUGGUUUACGGUGCACUAGACUUUGAGCCAGAGAUUUUCUUUGCUCUGGGUUCUCCAAUUGGUGUAUUUCUGACUGUAAGAGGAGUGGAAAGAAUUGAUGAAAAUUACAGGCUUCCUACCUGCAAGGGUUUUUUCAACAUUUACCAUCCACUUGAUCCAGUUGCCUACAGAUUAGAACCUAUGAUUAUUCCUGAUUUUGAAAUAAAGCCGGUUCUUAUUCCACAUCACAAAGGCAGAAAAAGACUUCACCUUGAACUGAAAGAUUCUCUGUCUCGCAUGGGAUCAGACCUGAAACAAGGCUUUAUCAGCUCUUUGAAAAGUGCUUGGCAAACCCUAAAUGAAUUUGCACGUGCUCACACCUCCUCGCCUCAGCUCCAAGCAGAAUUGGAAAAGGUGGCUAAUCAGAUUAAAGAGCAAGAAGAAAAGGAAGCAGUUGAAGAAAAGAACACUGAAAGUCCAGAUAUUUCAAAAGAUGAAGAUUUAGCCAUAAAAGUUGGCCUGCUUAAUGGAGGCCGUCGUAUUGAUUACGUUUUGCAAGAAAAACCCAUAGAAAGUUUCAAUGAAUACCUGUUUGCUCUACAGAGUCACUUGUGUUACUGGGAAUCGGAAGACACUGCUUUGCUUCUCCUGAAAGAAAUAUAUAGAACUCUAAAUGUCUCUCCUGAACAGCUACAACAUUGAUGUAUAGAUACUUAUCAUUUGGAAUUUCCUUUCAAAUCUUCCUUCUGGUUUGCCAGCCGAAUUUUGAGAUGGCAGCACCUAUAGUCACAGAUGAACAACUCUAGGAUUCUCUAUUGCCAUCUUUGUUUCAUUUUUUAAAAUAAGUUGGGAUGCAGGUGGGAGAAAGUGUCAUCUGCUUUUGGGGGGGUAUGCAUGCUUCCCCCUCCCAAAACAUUAAUCAUUUUGCCAAAUGUCAAUAACCCUUCGAGAAACACAUGGUAUGCACUUUUGUUUCUCUAAUCUGUCUUGAUCAAUUGAAUUUUCAGAGUUGUGUUUUCUAUCAGGCUGUAAGUUUUAUUUUUUAAAAAAUUGUUGGUAAACAGCAGUAAUCUUUUUAUUUAAUAAAAUAUACCAUUUUCUCCAUAUCUUUCAAAAUGUGAGUUUUAGCUUCAGGCUUUUUUGAUGUAUACUUACCUGAAACCAUUGGUGAAAUGAGUAAUUUUUUAAUGCUGGUAAGCUUACUGUUAAUAUUUUAUAAAAGACCUCUGAGACCAUUUUCUUUGACAUGUGUGACAUGAUCUUUCUCUCUACAUAGUACAGAGAGCUGUACAGACUGGACUUGCUCUGUGUUUCUUUGCACAGAGAGUAGAAAAAGAUAAACCAAACAAAAUAAUUCUUGUUGGACAAUGAUGGUGGACAAGAUACAUAGUUAAUAUGAUCGGAUGGCUGGACUGGUAGAAAUCAUAUAUGUAGAACCCUGCAAUGGAUGUGGAGUCUUCUGAAGAUCAAAUAUGAAGGAGCUUUGGCCUGGAUAAGAACAUUUCUUGCUUUCUCCUAAUGAAAUAUGACAGUAAUACAGAAAAGUCUCUACGUGCUGGACUUCUGUGAAUUCUUUGCUGUUGCUUCUGAUUUUCUUUAGCAUAUAAUUUUUCAGUAAUGAAGAUAUUAUAACAACUUAUUUCUGAUACGGUUUUGUAUAGUGGACUCUUGUGGAACAAUAACCUUUUCGAAGUAUAUGGGUGUUUUUUUUUUUGGUGUUUCCACAUUAAUUUACACGAGGAUUGUUGCCGUGUUGGUCUCAAAGAAAAAGUUACAAAAUAGUUGAGGUGAUAUUUUAAUCUCUUGAUAGAUAGAAUAGUAUGGCUGAUACUUAAAGAUCCUGUAGUGCCUGUGGCCUUCUUCAGCAAGCAUUUGUUUCUUUCAGCAGUGGCAUCCACUCUCUCAGAGAACAACAGAAUGUUCUCUGUACAGCCUUUUUCAUUCUGAAUAUUUGGUUCUCUGUUCAUCACAAUGAAAUUUCGUUUCAGUCAUUUGUUAAACCAGAACAAAGACUGUCAGAGGAACGCAGGAUGAAGCAGCUUUUUGUCAGGUAGCAUGACAAGUGGUAAAACCUUUCUAUAAAUCCUGGAUUAAAGUUAUCUUCUAACAGAAUUCAGAACUCAACAAUUGGUAUUCAGAUUGCAUUCUCAGUUGUCCUGGAUAACGUACUGAAGAAUGAAAGAUGUGCAAAGGUUUCCCAAGAAUCGACAAGUGUUCAAUGUGUAGAGUGUGCUGAAGUGAAUGCUUAAAGGCAGACCAAAUAAAUGUAAUAUUUAAAAUAAAAUCAAGAGGCUGUUUGUUUAUAACAAUAUUGUUAAUUUAAAGGAAAAAGCUGUUGGGGGUUACUUUCCUUUUGCUUGCUUGAUAUUGUUUAGUGCACUGAAAGGAAAUAGCUGUUGAAAGCUGAUUAAACUGUUCCAAUUGGUUGCAUAG